GCAACAUCCCCAGCACACCAACAAGCUACACACCAGCACAGUACACUUCAACAGCUGCCGUAGUCUGCCGCGCACGUUCGCCACACUACACAGCAGUAGCGAAUCCAUCCCCUUCUUGACAUUUGUCUUCGCCAACAGCAAGCAUGGGGCAGAUCAUCGCUCGUCUCGCCAACAUCCUCAACGGCCUCCAGGAGAAGCGCCUUCUGCUGCUGGGCUUGGACGCUGCCGGCAAGACUUCUCUUUUGUACAGGCUUCACUUGAAUGAGGUGGUGACCACCAUCCCCACCAUCGGCUUCAACGUCGAACGGGUCGAGUACAACAGGAUGAUGAUGACUAUCUGGGAUAUCGGGGGCCAAACCAAGCUACGGCCGCUCUGGCACCACUAUUUCAUCAACACCGACGCCUUGAUCUUCGUCGUGGAUUCUAACGACCAUGAACGCAUCGAGGAAGCGAGGGACGAGUUGUUCCACAUACUGCAGGACCCUAACAUGGAUGGCUGCCAAACUGUCCUCAUUCUCCUUAACAAGCAGGACCUUCCCGGUGCGAUCAGCCCUAGCGCCAUGCGCAGCAAGCUCGGCUUGGACGGCGCGGGACGCAAUCCGCUCAUGAAGCGCAAUUGGUACAUGCAGGGCUGCUGUGCGGUCACGGGCGAGGGAGUAUACGAUGGUCUCGACUGGCUGAGGGGAGCGUUGAACAAGAAGUGAAAGUCGACUCACGCGGACGGCCUUUACAGCAUGUGAUCAGAGUGUUUUUUUUUACUCUCGAAAGCGUAUGCGGUAGGCCAUGGAACGAUAGCUAUUCUCGGCCUACCAAUGUUGGUAUCAUGUUUCUAUUUUUCGGGUAAGUACGAAAUUGCAGGUAGCGACCCAGGAUAGCUAUUCUCGGCCUAUCAGUACCUGUUCUGUGUCAUGUUUCUAUUUUUCGGGAAAGUUCGAAAUUGCAGUUAUGUACAUAGCAGCCCAACUGCUUCGUCCCUAUGCCAUUUCAAUUCAUUGUGUUUGGGACCAGGGAUGUUUAUGUGCAGUACCUGUUUGACGCAACGGUGUUGUAACUGAAGCGUUUCAGGGGGAGGGUCAAUCAGGAAGUCCCUCGUGGGUACAAGCCGGUACGGCAUCAAUGUGUGGUUGUUAGUGAAGAAGGGGUCGACAAUAUCAGUGGUUAGCAUAUGGCUUGUUUGUGGGAUACUAUCACGGUAUGUGCAGUAGUGUGAGUGAGAUCGUGCGUGUGCCCGUUUUGCCCUAGUGUCGUUGUUUGCACGCGCGCCUAUAGUCGAUUGACAAUGGAACGCAGCUUGCCUCAGGCCAUCGCGUGCUGAUCCUCCAAGAGUUUCUCGUCAUCUUUUUUCAUAUUUGGUGUGUCAUCGUCAUGAUGCGAGACGCUGUUUGCACGCCAGUAGUCGAAAACUUUCAUUGGCCGCGUGUGCAUGCGCGCACCGAGAGGAGGAAUUUUGUUCCCCGAAAAAAAGCUGUGCGGCUCCUCAAGAGCCAGCGAGAGAUAUCCUGUUUCUGUGUGACAGCGGUAGCGGAGCGUUUGACCAAUGUAGUUGGACGUUUGUUGUCGCCACGCGAGUGGGAGGUAGACGGUAGAGAAAGGCUCCUUGACAUCAUGGGGCCAUCGGUGUAAAGGGAGUAAUAUAUGUAGUUUAGGACG